AUGUCCAGGCAUUCAUGCUGCUAUUGCAGUGGCUGUUCCUACUGCGGCAUCGGGCGGUUAUUCAGGCUGUUGCGUGGUUUAGUGUACUUAUUUGAGUGGAAGAUUGAAUCUCUUAGAAGAGAGCGGACACAACUGGAAGAUGAACCCAAUACCAAGAUUGUAAUGGGUAUUGUAACUAGCUGUGGGGAUGAUUAUGGUUGGAUCGAGGACUGUGUCUUCUUCAGCACUGGUGUUGUGAUCGGCCAUUUGUCUGUGAAAAUUGGAGAUAAAGUCCUUGCCUUUGUGGAGGAAGACCCACUAUCACAUGACUUGAAAGCAACUGAAGUAUGUGUUUUCUUAGAAGAUGAUAAGCUUACAGACCCAUACUCCAAGAUCCAAGUAUUAUCUGCGUGUGUUUCCGAUGUGAAGAAAGACAUCAUCCACGUAGCUGAUGAAUACUACUUCUACCUGGACAGCAUUUCUAAAGCUAUCUUAGGUUUUACACCGUAUGAAGGGGACUGGUUAGACAUUGAGUAUUCUGUGGAGCAAGGAUCCUCAAAGAUUACAGUACAGUCAUUGAAGGCCACAAAGCGUAGGCACCUGGAAGAGGCCUGCGUGACUAGCAUCCACAGACGACAAGGACUGCUCAAUCACUCCAUCUUCUUCACCCUGAACUCACUGAAAUGCCCUCUGGGCUAUACCCCUCUUGUGGGCCAUGUUGUCAGAGCGGUGAUAGUGCAGAGCAUCGGGUCCCACUACAGCUGGAGAGCCAUCGCCAUGAGUCCAGUGAAGGUGCUGUAG